UUAUACUUUUGGUUACGUUGCCUUCAUUCAAAAUGGCUGCUGCAGUGUCAUUUCGCUGGCUUGAAAUUUUAGAAAAAGAGUUUGAUAAAGCUUUUGUUGAUCUUGAUCUCUUGCUUGGAGAGGUAGAUCCGGAUCAGUGUGAACUAACAUAUGAUGGGCGCCAAAAAAUGACGGCUCUCAGCGCUGCAUUUGCGCAGCUCUGCCACAAAGCUCAGACAAUUUUUCAGACGAAUGCAAAACUUGAAGCACAAAUACUAGAUCUGAAACAAGAGAAUGUUGAGGUGACUGCAGCAAAAGCUGUGCUUGAGAAAGAACUACACAAUAUGUUAAUGCAGCUGCAUUCCACACAACUACAGCUGCAAGCCAGUAAAGGUGUAGAAGUGGACUCUGAGAGUAUCAAGAAAAAGUUGGACAUAGAAAUGGAAUCUCAAAUGACAGAAUCAAGAAAUCUUGCCCUCCUUGAGGCCCAGCUUAAACAGCUUCAGAAAGAGAACAAUGAUCUACGACAAUACUCUAUCGCCCUGCAGAGUGAGGUUUAUGGUGCACGUCUUGCAGCUAAAUACCUAGACAAGGAAUUAGCAGGAAGAAUACAACAAAUACAGUUGUUGGGAAGAGACAUGAAGGGGGCAGAGCAUGACAAGCUGUGGAACCAGCUAGAAGCCGAGAUACAUCUACACAGACACAAAACUGUCAUACGGGCCUGCAGAGGACGGUCAAAUAGGAAGAAAAAAUUGCCUAUCCCUCCUGGACAUGACUUCAACUCACUGAGACGGAGACAUGGUUUGGGAGAUGUAAGGAAAGUACAGCUGCACAAAGACCCUGAUGAAGGAUUAGGAAUGUCAAUUACUGGUGGAAAAGAACAUGGUGUUCCUAUUCUGAUAUCAGAAAUCCAUGAGGGCCAGCCUGCGGACCGGUGUCAGGCCCUGUAUGUUGGUGAUGCAAUCCUUUCAGUGAACAAUAUAGAUCUGCGCAAUGCAAAACAUGCUGAGGGUGUCAAGAUUCUCUCAGAGCAGCAAGGUGAUAUAGAACUAGAGGUAAUGUUUGUAGCCCCAGACGAGGACAGUGAAAAUGAUAACCAAGAUGCUGACGAUGAACAUAGAUUUAGGUAUCGCAUAUAUGAUGAAGAGGUGGUCAGUCAGAAUAGUGAUGGAAAUUCAAUAGAUCAUAUAGAAGUGUUAAAUGCUCCUAGAGCAAAUGGUGUUUCAUCUCCAACCAGCUCCUCCCCACAAGAAAGCAACAAUUCCAGUCCUACAAAGUCAAAUACACAGAAAUCCAGCCAAAGUGCACAAGGCAGAAACACAGGGGCCAAUGAUAUUCCAAGUCAAAUUGCUGUAGGGACUUUAAAUACUGACAGCGUUCAGCAUCAUCCAUUGACAAAUGAACAGUUAGCAUUCCAUAGUAGUUACCAUUAGUCAGCAUUAUUGUAUAAAUGCAGGGUUCUGAUUGGUUAUGCAGAGUCAUGUGACAGGAAGUUAUGGCACAGAAGGAGAUUAGUGGCUCAAAGUAGUGGGAAAACUUUUAGCAAAUUUGGCAUUUAUAUUUAGUCAGUGCUAUGUUGUGUGAAUAGAUUUACUCCUCUGUCAGACUGAGGGUAUAGUCUCAUUUUUCAUACACUUGCACAUGGUAUAUUUGAGCCGUGCCAUGAGAAAACCAACAUAGUGGGUUUGCGACCAGCAUGGAUCCAGACCAGCUUGCACAUCCAGGCAGUCUGGUCAGUAUCCAUGCUGUUCGCUUUCAAAGUCUAUUGCAGUUAGAGAAACUGUUAGCAAACAGCAUGGAUCCUGACCAGACUGUGCGGAUGCGCAGGCUGGUCUGGAUCCAUGCUGGUCACAAACCUACUAUGUUGGUUUUCCCAUGGCAUGGCUCAUUUCACUGUUGGCCUAAAUGUUUGCAAUCAUAUAUUUCUGUAUAACUAAUGACGUUUUUGUCACUUUGGUAUCAGCAUCUUUACUAAAUGGUUUGCCUUGAGCAUAGUGCUUAUUGAUGUUUCAUAGCAGAUGUAUCAUUGUUUCUUGAUUUACAAUUCUGGGGAGGAAAUGUGUAUGUGGCACAGUAGCUCAAUUGGUAGUCCAGCUCGUGACUUUGAUUCCAGUCUUGUACUACGUCCAACCUGGCCAAGUCUGAAAAUCUGCAUAAUCAUAAUUGAUUCAUAGCAGAACAUAAAUUUUAAACUCUUAAGAACAUAAGAAACAAAGUAGAGCCUAAUUUAAUGUAGGUACUCUAUUGAUCUUGUGAACAGAUAAAUUAUUUUAGCUUAUUCUUCAUAAAAAUCUGUAGAAGAAACAGCUGUUAAAUAUAUAUAUGAACAUUCUGUGUUUUAGCACAGUAUAAAUUCGUGCUCGAUUUGUCCACAAGAGGUUAUCUGGAGUGUUCAUUAAGGAACUGGCAAGGGAAAAUUGUAACGUUGCAGAGCUAGAGCUCUCUGCAAAAAUGUUUUGUGUAAAUGAAUUUUAUCAGUAAGUAAUAGUUCCUGAUAGAAAUACACAUUUAGUUGCACUAGUAUACAUGCACUUGGAAUUUACCUUAGAGAUUGUGCUUUCCAGUUAAUGCUAUCUGGGUCUCUGUGGAUGGGCCUUUAUGAGAGGUAAUUAGAGUCAUGGAUUGGGACUACUCAGUAAGCAUUGGAACAGUAUAGUCUUUCUUCACAUUUUACUCUCAUAUUUUACUUACUGUGACAGAUACACAUUUCUUCUGUGGGAAUAUCUAAAGAACUGAUUUUGCUGUACUAUUUUUAGACUGUACUAUUUUUAGACUUAAAAUGCAUGUAAUUCACUGAAUAUUGUCACUGCAGGCACUGCAAAAAGUUGUACACUAUUUGUGUUUGAACAAAGAAACAGAUAGUAUAUAUAGAUAAUAUUUUUAUAAAGUACAUAGUUUAGAUAUUCUUCUUUUACAUCAUAGCACAAAAUUUGAAAUGAGUCACAAGUGAUAUACUGCUGUAUUAAAAUUAAACCUGAUACGUUGUACCCCAAGUCUACCCCAUAGCCUGUUCUAGCUUGAAACAUGAUUCAAAGAAUUUAAUGAGGUUAGAAUUUUAAAUAAUGGAAAGAACUGUUAAGUUUUUGUAUAGAAUUUAAGUUCCUAACUUCUGUCGUAAGUUAUUAAUUUGCAGGUUGAAGCUGAAAAUUUCUCGUUAAAAGAAGACCUUUUCCCUGGAAAUGCCAAUCAUGAAAAUAUGAUGUUACGAUAAUUUUUAAAUUUCAUGCUGUGCCAUAUUGAUUGAACCUAUGUUUUGAUAAAAAAAGUCCAGAAAAAUGGUCACUUUUUCUCAGGCUGGAAAGGGACAAAACUGCUUUAUUUUAAUUGACUUUUAAUGGCUUAGGUACCGUAAUGCCCCGUGUUGUACAAGUAUUUAACUAACUGAUUCAGAAUCAUUUAGAGUAUACAUUUUUCAUUCAAUGGCCAUCUGAAUUGAAAAAAAAAUAGUUUGUCUUCUAGGGUAGGAAAAGUGUUUUAUUCUCGUAAAAGUGUGCAAUAUAAAGCUGAAAUAUGAAUAUAAUCUAGGAAAUUACAUCACUUUCUAUAUUGAUCUUUUUACUUGCAAUUUAGGAAUGAUGUGUGUAUUUUGUUGUUGGCAGUAAUGCCGGUGCCAGUGCAUCAUAUUGUUAAUUUGGUUUUGAGAGACAUUUAUGAGGAGUAGACGAUGUUACUUAAAUCUUAAAGACACUGUUGCAAAAACAGGCUGAACAUUUAAGUAUGAAAACCAGUCUGAUUAACAAUAUAUAUUCUCCACCUGUGUAUACCACAUAUUUGCUUCUCAUGUGAAAGACCUUACUUCAGAUGUCUUCAUUGCAGUCACAAGUUUUCUUUUGUUUUUAAUUUAAUUGUUUUAAAUUUUAAAUUGUUCAUUUAUGUUAUUCAUAUAAAGAUAUAAUUCUUGGAAUAGAAAACAUGGUUACAUUUAUUUUACCAAAAAUUCACUGAUAUAAAAACAGUGAUUUCCUAUUGAAUUUUCAUUCUGUUAAUUGGGUUUUUGUAAAUGUACAUGUUUUCUUUGAUGUCCCUUAGAAAAGCACUUUGAGUGUAGUUUUAAAAUUUGAAAAAGAACAGAUAUCAGGAUUGGUGUAUUGAUAUAUUUUUUCCUACAUUGACUUGAUUGCCUGAAUGGUUUAUUUUGCCUUGUGUUACUUUGGACCACAGUUUUCUGGCCUGCCUUAUAUGCAACUGAGUUUAUAUGAAGAAGAUAAAGAAAUAUUUAGUAUUUUUGCUUAUGUGCAAUCCCAUGGAUUGUAAAAAUGACAUUACUUAAUUGCAAAAUAACCUUAUUUACUUUCCUGUUAAGUUUGACCACAAACUCUAUUAAAGAAUACUUCUGUUUUGCAUCAUUAUGAUUAACUUCUGUUGAAGUAAAUGAGAUUAUUAAUGAGUGCCACUGUGCCAAAACCAACAUUAGGGCUUUGUGACCAGGAUGGAUGUGGAUCAGUCUGCACAUCUAUUCUGUCUGAUUUGGAGCCUUACUGCAAGUGCCGAAAUUUAUGAAUGAACAUUGUGGAUGUGGGGAUAUAUUGAACAGUAUGGAUGUGGACAGAUACGGAUUCUUGCAGGGUCCAAGCUGUAAUGUUGGUGUUUGCAUAGUGGCACACUUUUAUCGUUUAUGAUUGAUGUGUUUUUUAAUCACGGUAGAUAUGAGGAGUAACUGCUACAUUACACUCUCAGAAGUUCUUUUCUAUAAUUUUCAUAAUUUUAGUAUUACUUCUUAAAGAAUAGGUAGAGGUUUUGCACUAAGCCAUUUGUUGGCAUCAGCAUUUAAAUAUUUAGCAAUUUAAGAUAUUUUAUAGGUUGCAAAGUUAUUUUUCAACGUUAUAUAAGUAUGAAAGUUGUUUGUGGACAAGAGAUGGAGUUCGGUUUAACCUUUUGUUAAAAGUUAAUUUCCUUUGUUUUUCCUAGGAUACUUACAGAAACAAUUUCCAUAUUAUCAUGACAUUGAUAAACAAUAUAAAGAUGUGGUAUUUCUUAUGCUUGGAUGAAAGAUAAGUUGAGGCAGCCUAUCUAACAUCGUUAUUUUUUCUCCAUUUAUUUAUUGUUCUUUUGUGUUGUGACCUUUGAGACAAAUUGUGGAUUGUUUUUUUUACUUUGAUGGAUUCAUUUACUAGGAAUUACUUUUGUUCUUUUCGUUGUUAUGGAUGUUUUCUACUGGCUGGUUAAUUUUUGUAAAUGAGGGUUUGUUUUAUAGUGAGAUAUGUGGAAAUGUAUGAGCUUUGAGAAACAAGUCUGACUGCAGUCUUGAUAUUCUGUGAUAAGUCUACCUUGUCAGCUGAUGAGGUAGAGAACAAGUGAAUGAAUUUAGGUCAUGAGUGUAAUCCCCAGGUCAGGGGAAUGUACUCUGUGAGGAUCUGACAGAAGACAAAACAGUUAAACCUGUGUUAGUGGUCACCUAAUCCAGUCAGCUAGAUUUUCAAGAUGACAUUUUACUCUAAUGUUAACUUAACCAUUAGUCAGAUAAAUUUUUAAAAUGGACUGAUCCUUCCUUUAAUUUGCGCAGUACCGCUUACUAUUCAAAGGGGGUGUUCACUGAAAAUUUAGUGACUGAAUAGCAAACAGUGCAGACCAUGAUCAGACUGCAUGGAUGUGCACUCUUUGCAAAUGCAGAAAUACUUGCUGCAAGCAGGCUAAGGGUUAAUACAGGUUUGACUGUAUGCCUGGAGUUGACUCAUGUUUGGAAGUUGUCAUCUACUUUUAGAGAACAAGUAUGUUCUUGAAAACAAUUUGCGAACACUGAUUAAAGAUAUUCAGUGUGCAUCUGUCAUUAAGAUAUUUUGAUUUUAGACACUUACGUAAAAUGUAGAAAAUCCUCAGCAAAAUUAACCCUUACGCUGUUAAAUUUCUAUUCACUUUGGACAGUACCAUUAACUGUUAAAAAGAAGUGCAUACCAAAAAAGAUACUGACUGAAUGGCAUUUAGUGCAGAUCAUGAUCAGACUGCAUGGAUGUGCAGGCUGAUCAUGAUCUACACUGGUCGCAUAGGCAGAAUCAAUCCUCGCCAAAUGAACUAAGCUUGAUUAAAUGUAUGAACUGUGUUUAAUAGCUAAAUUUACAGUUACUUAGUGGUAGUACAUACUUAUACUGUGUUUAGCAUUUAUCUAAUAGAUGUGUACUUUUUUUUAUUAAACCUAACACAUGGUACUGUUUAUACACACAGACAUGAUAAUUUUAUGUUAACAUAGAUAUUAUAAAGUAAUUGUUCAUAUUUUCAAAUAUUAAUUUGGGUUGGAUAUGUUUUUAAGUUCAUAUACUGCUAUUACUAAACUGAAAUAAGGAGGGUAAGCUAUCAUAGCUUUCUGUCCUUUUCCUCAAUAUUAUUACGAAAUUGCAUCAUUAGUAUACAUGCAGUAAAGUACAUUUAAACUAAAUGAAAAACUAUUCAAAAAUGGCUUUGAAUUCCAUUAAAUAUGACUUACCAUUCAACACAUUUUAAUACUGUGUCUUGGGCAUUGGUGUGAAGUUUAUGAGACAUUCUUUUAGCAUUAUCACCAACAGUUAUGAGAAUUUUCUUGAUAGUUUUAAAUUUAUCGAUUUCUUGUCAACAUUAAACAGUAGUAACUGUUAUAUUCUCUUUAAGAUUGAAUAAUUGAUGUUUUUGUAAAAAAACCACAACAUUUUGACAAACACAGUGCACACCAUAUUAACAUGUUAAAACUGCAUGUCUCUAGAUUUAUGUCAUGUUUAUUAGAUUAAAAAAGCCUUUCUUUAGUUAGUAAUUGCAAUGGAAAGAAAUUUUAAAGCUCUUUCAUGUGUUUUAGGAACAUUUUAUCUACAGUAACACAUUUUUAGUUAGAGCUCGCAAAUGUGUCUGUCUUAAGGUAGUUCUGCACGACGUUUGGAUCAAUUUUUUUUCUACAGUAUAGAAUUUGAUAAAAUUCUGAUUUUUCAAAACUUCAGAAUGUACAUAGAAAAUUCAGCAAUAAAUAAGGUAUGAUUGUG